AUGACCCUGAUAACCGCACCCCUGCCGCCUCCCAAGCAGAUCCGCUUUGUAAACAACCAAGGCCAACCCCCUUCCAAGAGGCGGAGAAUCAACGCAGCAUGCUUGACAUGCCGCAAGCGGAAGACCCGAUGUGCCGGUGAGAAACCGGUCUGUUCGACCUGCACCAAGAACGGUCAUCAGUGUCAAGGUUAUAACGAUCUGGUUGAGCGAAAGAAGGAGGACGGCCGGAGCAACGGCAUAACGAAAAUGACGAAAGGUGAUCACAACAACGUUGCCGGGGUAAAGAGGGAGGCGGAUGAUGAUGAGCAUUCCGACUACGAGGACGAGGAGGAGGAAGACGACCUUCCGCAAUGGAAGAGCAAGACGGCCCCGGCAGGCAAAACGGCCGGCUUUGCUGUUGUUGAUGGAGAUGCUUCCAUGAGGCGUGAUUCGAUCCCAAACCACAAUUAUUCAGGCACCCGACCACGAGGACCUAGUAAUGAUUGGGGUCAAGAUUCAAGGUCACCGAGUUCUACAAGAACGGCGAGACAAUCCAACUCAAACGGCCGCCGAUCACCGACACUGCAUCACAACCACACCGUACGAAGAAGGGACCGUAUACCAUAUUUCCGUUAUUUCGGUCCCACGGCUAUUGUCCCUGGGUUCAAGCAAAACCUGCCCAAAGAGCCCUCGCAUAGGGACCCACGGUUUAUGAGACCUGGCUCGUCAGUCGCAACGACACCGACGCCACCACAUCACAUACAGCCCAGAACGAUCCAAGAAACACUCAAGGAUAUUCCUACCCUGGAAGACAUGCCAGUAUACUCCACCGACGACUCUAAGCCGGUACCCGAAAUCAUCAAAGUCUUGGUCAAGACCUUCUUUGUUCGUCUGGGUUGCAAUUAUCCCUUCUUGAAAGAGGAACGCUUCAUGCGCCAGCUUGAGGCGAAGCAGGUAGAGCCCAUCCUGGUCGAUGCCAUAUGUGCGCUGGCUGCCCGGUUCUCUGAGCUGCCUACCUUCACCACGGAGCAGGACGGCACCAGAGUGCCCAAAUCCGAGUAUGGUGAUGUUUUCGCUCAACGAGUCAAGAAUGCCACUGUUGACACAUGGUCCUGCCCGUCAGUCGCGGCUGUCCAGGCCCACCUGCUCAUGGCAUAUGAGGCUUUCGGCGCAAACCAAGACAGUGCACUUUGGAUGUAUCUGGGUGCUGCUAUCCGCAUGGCUCUUGACCUAGGGCUUCAGAAGCAGGAGGGUGUCAAAUACCAAGGUUCCCGUGAUCCGUGGUACACCAGGAGGUGGCUGACUAAAUACAACGAUGACGGGAGCUCGCCUACGGACGACCAGGAAGAGGAGGAAGCAAUUAGUCAGGAAGAACAAAAGGAAGUGGAGCAGGCACGCAUCGACACGUUCUGGGCAGUCUUCAUGCUGGAUAGAAUCAUCUCCUCCGGCACGGGCAGGACAGUCACUUUGCGAGACGAUGACAUGGAUUUGGAGAUUCCCGAACCAACUCUCGAUGAACAAGGAUGGCCAGAUCCCUUCCCAGCUUGCAUCAAGAUAAUUCACCUCUACGGUCGAGCGUCAGAUGUUCUCAACAACAUCAGAAAUGCGAAUGAUCUUACGGAGGAGAGCAUGAAGAAGCUGCGGCAGAUGGAAAGCGACUUGACGAUUAUCUAUUCGAAACAACACGAGCGGCUGGUAUUCAAUACGCACAACUUCAAGCACUAUGUCGAGGCUGGCCAAGGCACCAUCUUCAUACUGCUUCAUUUCUGGUUCCAUGCCAUGAUCAUCAUGCUCCAUGAGCCAGCACUGCUCACGCCAUUUGGUAAACUCACCAACAUCCAGCUGCUGUCUAACAGUCGUGAGCUGGCCAGAUCGAGCGCGAAGACCAUUGCGGAUAUUGUUGCGUUUGCCGAACUCAUCGAUCCUCAGAGCUACAUUGGUAAUCCGUUCACUUCGCAGCCGAUCUUCAUCGCCGGAUGCGCCUUCCUCAAGGAAUCCGCAUUGAGUGCUUCAAGCCCACCAUCACGCGAGCCAUCACCAGGACCCAGCAAUAAGAGUAACCCCACUUCAAGGACACAUAGCGGACGUUUAGGCAUACCGACCGAGAAUAGGCCGCGACACUCCUUGCUCACUUCAGCCGCGGCUGCAAACUACGCGCGCUGUUCCCAAGCACUUUCACGCGUUGAACAGUACUGGGCAGGAGUCGGGUACAUCAUCAACGCCAUGGAGCAGAGGUCACAGGGCAUUGAAGACUGUGAGACGUUUGCACCGGGUGAGCUCGAGCGUGUGCUUGCUCGGACUCGCCAGGCUUCGGUUCAGCGACUGAUGCAGUUUGAGAACCCGAUCCCACCUUCGCCAGGCGUGCCACCUAUUGCCUUUUCGCUUACUGGUACGACGAACUCGCCCAACUCGAAUCUAACGAGGCUGUAUACGAACCCAUCCGGCACGACAAACUCGCCUAGCGCUAACUUGACGAGGUUGUAUACGAACCCAUCUGGAAUGACGAACUCGCCCAACGGCAACUUGUCGAGGUUAAAUCCAAACACGUCCAAUCCCUCCGUGUCCAAUCCUUCCAUGCCACGAGCUGCUUCGCCUCUUCCGCCUCCACCGCAACCUACCACGGCCGCGACGCCACCAGGAAACAUGAUCUAUGAUCCGAUCCGACAGGAUACGCCAACGGUGAUGUUCCAUCCGCCGCCGCCAUAUCCGCAGCCUGCUGUUUCGGCAGUAAGGUAUCAAGGUCGUUCAUCUUCGUUCAACCACCUCCGCGAUAGGCGUUCCACUUCCACUCUAAGCAGGGGAACAUCCCUCAAGUACGAAACACCAGGCUCAGAUGACAUGACGGUGGGAUCAGACAGUCCAACCAUCAGUGAAUCGAACUUCAACGCCUAUGGGAAGAGUCUCAGCCCAGCCUUACCACCGCUCGCGCCUCCACCUCAGCGGCAUUCAUACAUGAACACUCCAUCAACGCAACAUUCAAGCAACACUCCAUUCGAUAACGCCCUCUUAUCGCCCUCAUCGGGAACCAUGACAGAUCCAGGAGGGAUGCACCAUCAGAAUCAGAAUCAACAUCACAAUAACCAUCAACAGCAACAGCAACAUCAUGGGCACAGUGGUCAUAACGGCUCGCCUUCCUACCAGAACCAAAACCAGAAUCCUUACCAACAGCAACAGCAGCACCAUAACUCAUACGGCAACGGCAACCACAACAACAAUACCAACAACAGCAACGGCGAUACUCACAAUGCCUGCUAUCCUCAACCGACGUCAAGGCCCAGCCCCAGCCCUGGACUGGGCGUAGUCGACCCCUUCAAUCAAAACACCUUUUCCACAGGCCUUUACUCGGCAUUCACGCCCGACUUCAUGUUUGAGUGCGACGAGAUCAACCUCCAAAACCUACCGGACGUUUUGGGUCUGGACCCCGUCGGGGACAGUAACAUGAUGGAGUCACUAUCUAGUAUUGACGCGUAUGCCUGGUGUGGGCUAUUUGACGAGAGCUUUAUUACAGGCGGCGAGGGUAGCGGGAAUGGCAGUGGGAAUGGGUCGGGUAGUAACGGCAACGGUAGAGGAAACGAUGAUGAUAGUGGAGGAGGACGGCGAGGAGGUGAUCAUGGAAAUAGGCAUGGGAACGGACAAGGAGGAGGUGGUGAUGGACAAGGUGGUGGUCAUAGACAGGGACACUGA